UGACCCAGCUGUCAAAUAUGGCCCCGUCCUACUGGGUGUGAGAGGAGCGACAGCUGACAAAGGAAAGAAAUUUGUCACAUCGCUACACAUCUUCAUCCAGAUAACUCUGUUCUUAUGUGACAUCCUCAGCAAGUGAAAAGUGCCUGCCAAAUGAUGAAGUGUGCCAGAGAGAGGAACUGACAGAAGAAGGCCUUCAUUAUUGCAGACCAUCUGUUCAGAUCAAGCCUCCUCCCACCCCUGCAAGCCCUCCACCCCGCAGCCAUGCAGUUCAACCCAGUGCACGUGGAGUCCACUGUAGUUCUGGCCGUGGUGCUGUGCGUCCACAUGGUGGUCUGGAACCAGCACUCUUGGUGCAGCAUAGCCCUCGUCAUCCAGGCUUUCUAUGUUCAGCACAAAUGGGACCGUCUGCUCAGGUCAGGGGGUGCCGUGUUCCAGUUUCGUCCCGCAGCAAAUAGCGGCAUCGUUCCGGCCUCCAUGGUGAUGCCCUUGCUCGGCCUGGCGCUCAGAGAAAAGUGUUCUGCCUCAGGGAAUGUCUACUUUGAGCGCUUCUCCAUGGUUAUCACCAUCACAGGCAUGAUGCUGGCUCUGUUCCUCUCUCUGAUUGCGCUCGGCAUCACGAGGCCCGUGCCUACAAACACUUGUGUGAUCGCAGGCAUGGCCGGCAGUGCAAUACUCUACACGACAAAACAGACCCUGACGGUGUCUGAGGUCAUCGAGGUCUUAGAGGUACUUUUGAUCUUCGUCUAUCUCAGCCUGAUUGUGCUUUAUCUGCUGCCGCGCUGCUUCACACCUGGAGAGGCGCUCCUCAUUGUCGGUGGAAUCAGUUUCAUCGUCAACCAGCUCAUCAAGCGCUCCCUGAACCUGGCAGAGGUCAAAGGCGAUCCAGUGAACUACUUCCUGCCGGUGGUAGUGGUGGGCUCACUGCUGCUGGGCGUUUUCUUUGCCCUUCUCUUCUGUUUCAUGGAGUCAGAGACCUGGGUCUCAUCGCUUUUCUUUCACAUGAUGACAGCCGUCCUGGGUCUGGGAAUCCUCAUGCCGUGGCUCUCCCUCUUCAUCGGCCGGCACCCCAUCAUGUGGCUGCUGGACUUUCUCACGUUAAAUGACAGGAGACUCUGCCUGUUGGGGUACUGGGUGUUUCUGGCUGUCGUGGCCACCUGCGUUGUGUUACACCAGAACUACCAGCGCCAGUCAGGAUCCAAGAAGCACCAGGCCUCAACUGUUGUCAGGAAGUACUUCCAUCUGAUUGUAGUGGCCACAUACGUUCCAGGGCUGAUAUAUGACAGACAACUGCUUCAUGUAGCCUCCGUGGGCUGCUUGGCAGUUUUCUUGUUCCUGGAGUACGUGCGUUACUUCCGGAUCAGGCCGCUGGGUCAGCUGCUCAGGCAGCUGCUCACCCUGUUCCUGGAUGAGCGGGACUCUGGACCUCUCAUCCUGACCCACGUCUACCUGCUGCUGGGCAUGUCUCUGCCCAUUUGGCUGUUCCCUGGGCCCUGCGCCCCUAAGGGGAUACUUCCUGGCGCGGGUGGCCUGGUGCCUUAUGCUGGUGUGCUGGCCGUGGGGGUCGGAGACACUGUGGCGUCCGUGUUUGGCAGCACCAUGGGGGAGAUCCGUUGGCCUGGCACUAAGAAAACGAUGGAAGGAACCGCAACGUCUGUGUUCGCCCAGAUCAUCGCAGUGGCCAUGUUUCUCAUCUUCGAUGGGAGCAUCAACCUGAACUCCACCUACUCGUGGAUUGUUGGCUCCAUCACUCUAGUGGCCAUGUUGGAGGCCUACACCUCCCAAAUAGACAACCUCCUUCUCCCACUCUACCUCUUCAUCCUGCUUUUGCUUUGAAUGGACAGAUGGCCCAAACAAGAACAGAUCCCUCCCCCCUGUCCUCAGCCCUCUGUGGGAGGAAGAAGGAGUGGUGAAUUUGGAAAAAAGAAAGAAAUAAGAUAAAUAAAAAAAGAAAUACAAUUAAAAUGUGAUCAUCAAAGUAAUAGAAGUCCUUUUAGAAAUCAGUGGACUCAAAAAUGGGAGUAGUUUUUACUAGCACAGCAUAGAAAUGGUGAAAAGCUGGAAGAGCAAUGCAGCACUAAAAAAAUGUGCUCUUUUACUGUAUUUGGCACCAGACAUGAUGUUAGCAUGACAUCAGAGCCUGCGUCUUCAGGUCACAAGUCAUUUCAGUAUCAGUUGCUUUGAGGAAUGAGACGAUCAGAAUAAGUUAUUAAGAAACGUGAGGAAGAGUUGCUAAAUAUUCUUUGAGCUAAGUGACGGCGGCGGUGUAUGGUUUCUUUGAGUGUCGCUCUCCUGACGCCAAUAACAGCUCCUGAAUUAUGCAAGAGGAGAUAAAGUUUAAUUUAAAAAAUAAAGUCCUUUAAGAGUAUUGUCAUUACAUUGGACAUUAUAGACGCUGCUAAAAGGCACAUUCUGAUCAUCAGAGAGGAGGUUUUCCUAUCCUUGUCCCUUUCUUGCAAAUGAAUACAUGCCUUUGUAUUGCCUUUGAAGAACAUUAUUUGAAAUUAGCUUGUUGAUAUAUCCUUUUCUUAAUCAACCUUUUUCAUUAUUAGAUUAUUAUUUUGCCUCCCUGAUGGCAAUAUGAAGGACUUACUGCUGAAAAUAAUUGCCUUAAGAAGUAUAUUUUCUAUCACACAUUAUUGUAGAUGCUGUAGAUGAAAGCAUGGCAGCCCCCUCUCAACUCUUCUUUACAAGGGCUGGUUUAUACUUUGAUAUGGCAGAAACUCACUAUGCUCCUGCAUGACACUAAUGUGAAAUCCAGUACUGUAAAAUGUACACAGGUAUACUACAGUAUAUUUAUGUUUGGUAAAUUUACUUUGCUUAAUAUUUUCUGUGGUUUGAUGGGACCCCUUAAAGGUGAACUUAAUAUAUACAUUUCCUUGUGAUACUGAGCCUUCAUACACUGCAUAUUUUUGGACUCUGUAAGAUGUGCUUUGGGCCAAACUGAUGAACACAGGCCCAUCCUUUUUAGCAGCUUUUUUAGCGUUAAUGAGUCCAAAUUAUUAUGGAAUAUUUGCUUUAUAGAAAUAUCAAACGUCAUCAUGUUUGAUCUUAUCUUCCUGAGAUAAGGACGCUACAGUUCAUAACCUGAAACUUGUUUUCAGAAUGAAUGAAUGAAUGAACAGCCUUUGGUUUAUGUUCAUCUGUAAAAAUGUUUUGUUUUUUUUUUAUUAGUGAUGACAGGUUAUUAGCAUGAUCCUACUAGUACUACUUGUUUUUGCCAUCAUCCUUACAUUUUUAAAAAUGUAAUAUUGCAUGCUGAGUGCAUCCGAGGAGAAAGAUAAAAUUUAUAUGCCUCACAUUUUCAGUCCAUUUGUUUUAGUACUCAUCUGAGGAUUGACAGGAGGAACCUGUGUGGCUGACUGAGUCAUUUCACUCUGAUGACAUCAUCAACAUUACAUUAACCCUUUGCUUUCUCAGUUUGACUUGAAAAUGAACAUAAAAAGUCUGGAUAUUGUGGUUUAUAAUCAUCUACACAUAUAUGGUUGUUUUCAUUUAAAUUGUGUUUUAAAAUCAAACUAGAAAUGGGAGGAAUAUGCCAUUUUAACACAAAUUUGAAAAAAUGACCUUGGACAAGAAGAAUGCUGGUUGGUGACGAUGUUGAUGAGGAGACUGAAUAAAAGUAGAUCUAAACAUCA